GCGAAGCCAGCAGGGUAUCGCCAGCAAACCAUUCGCAAGUUCAGUACUGAUGUUGUUGCUAGGCAACCAGCAUUCGGCAUACAUAGGUGGACAUCUCUUCAUGCAUGCGGCAGAUGAAAUGCAGUUGUAGAGGGAAAAAUCCUGCAGUAGGAAUCACCUGUGCUCUUGAAGUUCAUCCUGUGAUUCAGAACGUGCGAGUGGAUGUUUGGAUCGGAGCGGAUGGGUUGAAAUGCAUGUCGGAGACAUCGUCCUCUGUGUGUGCUGGAUUUAUAUAUGUAGACACUGGAUCUUACGGGUUGGUGCAGUGAGGGUGAAUCUCUAACUGACCUGGUUUUCAUAUCAAGGCAGCAUUAUAGCACAGAAGACAUCACUGUUGACUAUUGGACAUCUUCUAGAUUUAGGGUAUAUAAUGACGGUUCAAGCAGAAAGCUGUAAUCUUUGACUCCCAUCAGAUGUAUUACAGCCCUGCAAGAUUGCAGUCAUCUUCUCUGCUGUGUGAAUCUUUGGCUUGUAUCUCUCAGGUGAAUAUGGAGGUUGAAGGUUUUGUUCAACUCUGAAGAUGUCAAGAUUCAAAGCUUUGUGUUUAGAUUACUGGCAGUUUCUGUGUCUGCAACCCAACAGUGCAUUUUUCAAAAGUGUGGAGGGCGACGUUCAAAGCACCGAGCCCAGCUCUGCUUUCAAUAGGAGCACAGAAUGUGGCCGUGGAUGGAUGAAACACAGUUCUUCACUGAGUCCAGACCAGUUUGACAGCUCCGUGUUCGCUCACAGUAACCAGACAGGUUCACAACGGCCUCAGCGACCCAAACUACAACACUCUCAAUCUAUUCUUCGCAAGCAAGCAGAGAAGGAAGCCAUCAAACGCUCACGGUCUCUAUCUGAAAGCUAUGAGCUCUCCACUGAUCUUCAAGAUAAAAAGGUGGAAAUGCUUGAGCGCAAAUAUGGAGGCCGUUUCAUAACCCGCCACGCUGCUCGCACCAUUCAGACAGCAUUUCGCCAAUACCAAAUGAACAAGAACUUUGAACGCCUCAGGAGCUGUAUGUCAGAGAAUCGCAUGACCCGCAGGAUUCUUCUGUCCAACAUGAGGAUGCAGUUUUCAUUUGAUGCAUCUGAAAAGGCUCACAGCUCAUUUUUUGAAGGAAGGCAAAUGUCACUCAUGGAUGAUAAGAGCCAAGUUGCCACUAUGUUGCCAACCGGAGAGAAGGUUCCUGUCAUUUUGGAAGUCCCGGAAUCUCAAAGCGAUUUAACGGAUCCGAUCACAGAGCUAGAGGAUGCGUUCUCAAGGCAGGUGAAGUCACUGGCCGACUCCAUCGACGAUGCGCUGAACUGCCGUAGUCUGCUUGAGGAGGAGAUCCGACCUGAGCGAGCGGUUUUUCAGGAAAGUAUGCUGCGAGAAGACGAGCUCUCUCAUCCCCAUGAUCACCGCAAGCUGAAUGAGAUGUGUGAUGUGACGCUCUUCAUCGAUGAAGAGGAGCUCACUCCACCCAUUCACGCCUCUGCAGAGCAUUCAUCCAACAUGAAGUCUGAACAACACAACCAGUUCGUCAUCUCUUCACAAGAUUACCGGUCCACCAAAGACCACAAACCGGAUACGGAAGCUAGCUGCCGUAGCGGUCCGGCCUUCGAGCUCUGUACGAACCACUUACCGCUGCUAAACAUCGAGCCAGCCUGCAAUAGCUCAUCGGAUACGAGUGAUCACCUUAAAUACAACUCUGUCAAGCAGCAGAGUGUUCAGGAACAGACCGCAGAAGGACCGCGCUCCAAUCCCGAACACAUCUUACGUGAAUGUCCUCGAGACGACCAGCCACUCGGACACAAACGGCCGGAGAGCCACCUGGUCAACAACGGCAACCGGCAGAACAAGUCAGAAUCAGACUUUUCUGAUGGAGAUAAUGACAGUAUAAACUCUAAUGACACGAUAAACACAUCUCGAGAUAGUGUAAGAGAACAGAGUCUGAACAAACAAACGUACCACAAAGACACUCGAAACAGCUGGGACUCUCCAGCAUUCAGCAGUGACAUCACUCGCAAGAGACAGUACCGCAUCGGGCUCACCCUCUUUAAUAAAAAGCCAGAGAAGGGCAUCCAGUACCUCACAGAGCGAGGUUUCGUUCCAGACACGCCCGUGGGUGUGGCUCAUUUUCUCUUACAGAGGAAGGGCUUGAGUCGACAGAUGGUUGGUGAAUUUCUUGGGAACCGACAGAAACAAUUCAACAGAGAUGUGUUGGACUGUGUCGUGGAUGAAUUGGAUUUCUCAGGGAUGGAGUUGGAUGAAGCUCUGCGCAAAUUCCAGGCUCAGAUUCGGGUGCAGGGUGAGGCGCAAAAGGUGGAGCGUCUAAUCGAGGCGUUUAGCCAGCGUUACUGCAUCUGUAAUUCUGAUGUGGUCCGUCAGUUCAGGAACCCCGAUACCAUUUUCAUUCUGGCCUUCGCCAUCAUCCUCCUCAACACAGACAUGUACAGCCCUAAUGUCAAGCCGGAGCGUAAGAUGAAGCUGGAGGACUUUAUCAAGAAUCUAAGAGGGGUUGAUGAUGGAGAGGACAUCCCUCGUGAGAUGCUGCUGGGGAUUUAUGAACGGAUCCAAAAGAAAGAGCUGAAGACCAAUGAAGAUCACGUCUCUCAGGUUCAAAAGGUGGAGAAACUCAUCGUGGGCAAGAAACCUAUUGGAUCACUGCACCAUGGCCUUGGAUGUGUCCUGUCUCAGGCUCAUCGUAGGCUGGUGUGUUACUGUCGACUCUUUGAAGUUCCAGAUCCAAACAGGCUGCAAAAACUCGGACAGCACCAGCGGGAAAUCUUCCUUUUCAAUGACCUUCUGGUGGUUACCAAGAUCUUCCAGAAGAAGAAAAACUCAGUGACGUACAGCUUUAGACAGUCCUUCUCUCUUUACGGGAUGCAAGUGUCGCUCUUUGAGAACCAACUCUAUCCAAACGGUAUCCGGCUCACUUCAGCCAUUCCUGGUGCAGACAUCAAAGUCCUGAUCCAUUUUAAUGCUCCAAACCCUCAGGAUCGCAAGAAGUUCACCAGUGACCUGAGAGAGUCCAUCGCUGAGGUUCAAGAAAUGGAGAAAUACCGGAUAGAGUCUGAACUGGAGAAACAGAAGGGAUUGGUCAGACCCAGUAUGUCUCAAAGUAUGUCUGGAUUGAAGAAAGAGGCGAAUAAUGGGACCAUGAGCCGUACCAGUCUGGAUGACACGUAUGCCAUGGGGGAGGGCCUAAAACGGAGCACGCUCAGUAGCUCUCUGCGUGAUCUCUCUGAAGCAGGGCUUCAUCAUUAGCAGUCAUCUGAUGGUCCAGAAAGAAGCAUUCGCCCAGAACCACCCACCCCGACACACAACUGCUCUAUCCUCAUCGAUAAACGAUAAACAGGUCAAGCAGUCGGUCAUGGGCAAGGUCAUAGAGAGUCCCACUUCACACUUUAGCCUCCCAAACACAACAGUUAUUUAAUCUGUACACCCACCACUCAUAGCCGGCUCACUUUACCUCAAAUCCUUGAGUCCCUUAUCACCACAUCUAUACGCCAACACAGAUGUCUGCAUGUGAACGCCAGAGAGUGCUCUUUUACAGUGUGACCAUAGAUUCAUGACAGCACACAAGCGUUAGUUUACCCCAAUUUCUGUCCUUAACACUUAUCAGUUUUUCCUUUUACCAAACCCGAGACGUUUUGAAGAAUGUUGAUGCAAGAUUUUCUUUAAAGGGGUCAUGAAAUUUCAUUGUUACACAGCAGUUGUACAGAAAUAUUUAGCUGACUGUGUAAUAUGAAGAUAGUUCAUUUGCAAAUAUGCACUUUAUAUUAUGAUUCUGGAAGUUAGCUUAUGUUGGUUUUAAACCAGAAAUUUAAAAAAAAAAUUUUUUUAAAGAUAAUUUGUUUAUCAUUCUACUGUGUUUCAGUGGCAGUUUACUCAUCCAGAAAAUGUGUUGAAUGUCAAACUAAAAUACACAGAUUUAUUUAUUUAUUGCAAUAGGAUGUGUAAGGAAUAAUUGACAAUGGGCCGUUGAAUUAUUCGACACUAAUGCACAGCCGAGGUUGUAUUGCGGCACGACAGAAAGCGGAGUUACACUGCAAGUGUUCAUUAUUGUUGAAAAAUUCAAUAAUUCCUCUUAUACGACGACGUUAAUCACAGACAUUGCUCUGGUGGUUAUUUUAAAACAUUUGACAGGUUAGUUGUGCUUUUACAAAAAAUAAUCAACACCCGUGAAACAUUUCUCAACCAAUCAGAAUAAAGCUUACAAUAGGCUCAUGGUAUAAAUUCAGCGUUCACAUUCUCAGUAUAUAGAAAACUGUCUGAUGUGAAAUGACAUGAACAAAUGAAACGAUUCUUUAUUAAUUGCUCAAGCACUUUGUUGUAAAUAAACUAAUACUUUUAUAAUAUUUUGUUUUUGUUGAAUGGGUGUGCUCAGUUUUAUCACGCCUCAUUGAUUGAUCACAACUCGAUGACUCGAGUUAAGAGCAAAACUCAUUCACCUGUACUGUAUGUGUUUAGAGGACAGAAUCAUGACAAUCAGACUAAAGUGUGAAAGAGAGUUUGUUUUAAAGGAUGAAACUUGCAGUAGGUUUUUAUUGAAGUUUAAAGGGCACCUAUUAUGCCCAUUUUUACAUGAUGUAAUACAAGUCUCAGGUGUGCUCAGAAUGUGUCUGUGAAGUUUCAGCUCAAAAUACCCACAGAUCAUUUAUUAUAGCAUGUCCAAAAUGCAACUAUUAUGUUGCGUUUACACCAUCCACGGUAGGGGCGGCAAAAAUGCGCUAUUCACACGUAGUUGGACGCUUGAACAUUUGAGUUCACUCGCUUCAUCAGCGCGUGAAAUUCUAGGGAGGGACUUUUGCGACUUCACGGAGACUCCGCCACUCCGCUCGCUUCCUGUAAUCACGUCACUACUACAGAAGUUCAGAUUUUUCAACUAGCGCGUUUCCCGCGGCAACGCUCAAUUUGCCGCAGGAUAAUAAUCCGCAUGUAAUCGCGUCUUUGCAUUGACAUGUAAAUCACCCGCGCUUGCCGCCUCUACCGCGGCUGGUGUAAACGCAGCAUUAGGGUGGAAGCAAAAAGCGUUUUUGUGUCUGUACCUUUAAAUGCAAAUGAGCUACAGCCACUCAGUCCCUUAACAACAGACUGUGAGCACUUUCAGUUAGAAAUAGAUCUGAUUACUGUGAAUGCAAUAUGAGACAAUAGUAUCUUAAGCUGCAUUAGCUCUGCUAACGAACACAUUUAGAAAAGCUUUUGGGUAAAAUGAUCAGUGGCUAUAUUAGUGUGAUGUCACAUUGACAAGAGAAUCAAAAUAGCAUGUCUAAUUCUGCGUUUACACCAGCCGCGGUAGAGGGUCAAGCGCGAGUGAUUUCAAUGUUAAGUCAAUGUGAAGACACGUUGACGUGCGUAUGGAGGUCUCGCGGCACGAAUGACGCGAUUCCGCCUCAUUCGCGCGUCUAGUUUGCGCAAAUGGCGCGAAACGUGCGAAUGGUGCUGUUUGUGCAUUUUGCGUUUCACAUGAAUUUGCGUCUGACACCUGAGUUGAAACAUUUUUACUUUGGCGGAUUUUCGCGCCGCGUUAACCAAUCAGGAGCCUGCUUGUUGCUGUGGCGCUCAUUCAACAUGGAGGAACGCUUGAUAUUAUCCGUGAGCAGUCACCCAGAGCUGUACGACACAAGUUCUUAUUUCUAUAGAGACAGGAAUAAAAAGGACCUCGCUUGGAAGAGUGUCAGUGAGGACAUUGGGCAACCUGGUAAGUUGUAAAUACACAUUUCUCUUUUGAGUCACGUGACGUUUAUCGCCCUGCAUUGUUUAUUUUCCCCCUAUAGUAAGACUAUAGGUGACCAAAUACAAACCGGUAACUCUCUCGAUGAAUGCACGAUUAACAUCAGUCAUCCUGCAAACAGACAACCGUAUAGCACUUGCCCCUCCCACUAGAAGCAGAUUUUGCCUCUGACGUGCGUCAAAUGCUUGCUUUUUCCACGUGUCUACUUUGCUCUAGAUGCGCUAAUGCAUUCAAAAUGUUCAAGCGACAAACUAAACGUGGUAGAUGCGCCUCAAACGCGGCUGGUGUAAACCCACGGUAAUGGCUGCUCUGGUUUUAAUGAGAUUAAAAAAGAAGGAUGGAUGGAUUUGUUUCACUGUAGGGUGGUUGUGUUCACACAUUGCAAACACACAUUUAUGUCCAAACACCUUGUAAAUGUGAAUUGUGCAUAAUAUGGGCCCUUUAACUUCUUUUUAUAAUUCAUUUCAUGACCCCUUCGAUUUUCAACUUUAUUCUCAACAUUCUAAUUUUAAAUUAAUUAAUAUUGUUAUUUUCAUUACUGUAUCGAUCAUUUGAAAGAGAACUCAUUUGUUUAAAUGAUUUUGCCUGAUGGUUUUUGCUCCUAAAAUAAUUUUCAUUUACCUGUGACUUUCUAUGCAAAUUACAAUGAUUUAUAUUAUUGGGGUGAAAUUGGGGCAAGUUUCAAAGAGAAUAAUCCAUACAAAUAUUACAUCAACCUAAAAUAAGCUUCUAUUAGUUUUUGACAUUAAUCCAGACUAGAAAGAAAUUAGAUGUUCUUGAUUUAUUGUGGAUAAAGUCUAUACGUGUUGUCUUAGCAGUCAUAAACGAAUCAUCUCAAAUGUGCCAAUGACUACAUCUCUCAUAUGUAGAUACAUAUAUAAACUCAUAUGUAGAUCAGCUAUAAACUGUGUGCGUAGUAUUUUAGUAUAGUACUGUAACUCAAUGCAUUUUAAACAAAGAGCGAUGUAAUAAAAUACUGUACAAGAGAUUUUAAAGAGGACUAUCUUGAUUUAGUGAAGAAUGUUCACUGAUUUGAUUCUGAAGCACACUGACCAGCGUGAGGUCAUUAUAUGAAUUAUAUGACAUGCUUACAUAUCACACUUUUAACCAGAUUAAAACUUGGUUUAAGGAUAUGAGAUAAUAAUAUACUUGCACACGAUGUUUCAAUGAAAAUGAUGAACAGUUUUAUACACUUCAGUCUUUUUCUUUGAAGAUAUGCACAGGACUUCUAUGGGCCAGUGACUGAAUUAUUUUUCUAUGUAUUUAUGGAUCAUUUACUUUCUUUAUUACUGCAAUAUGUUUGUCAUUUGACAUAUUUCAUUGUAGUGGAUGUCUGGAUUCUGAUCGGAACAGUGUUUAUACUCUCAGUGGGAUUGGCUGUGAUUAGUUUACGAUGUUCUUGAUAUAUUUAUUUAUGAUUAAUAAUAAAGCAGUGUUACCAUGACAUUAAAAUGCAAGCAUGUUAAACAGUUAUCUUUGUCACUUAAGGAAUAAGGAGAUUGUUUGUCAUCUAUACAGAGUUUCAGGUGAAUAUUCAGUCAUAUCAUGCAGGUGUUUGAAUGUUUAGAGGAAUUCAGUUUUUAUAUCAUGAGAACAGAAAUUAUUCUUAUGAACUACGCAGUCAAAUGUUUUUCUUAUAAUAAACAGAUCCUGGGUGCUGAUUGGUCAACAGUGGACAUUUGUUAUUCAAUAUAAAGCACAGAUACACAGAGCUCCUCUUAUAGUAGCCAAAACAGAAUUUUCUGAAGAACGGAAGGCAUUUAAACAUUUCACCGUAAAAAAAUUUGUUCUUAAUAUUUGUUAUUUAGUGACCACGGCUCUAUAAAAGCAAUGAUAUGUGAAUAUGAAAAUCUGGUGUCCAGUAGCAUCAUUCAGUCCUGACUAUAAAGCACAGCCUCUCUUUACUGUGUUUAUACCUUAAAUGCUCCAUCUAAACACUUCCUGAUUGUUGACAUUAUGUCCUGCUGUGUAUUUGUAUCUCAUUCGCAUUGUGAGCCAUUGACUGCGAUUCAUUCUCAUGCAUUCAGCUUUAUCUUCUUUCUUUGAGUUUUUACAUGUCCUGUCUUUCUCUGUCAUCUUGAGUAGUGUUAUGUGUAGUCAAUCUGUAGUUGCAGUUCUGUAUUGCGUUGUGUGUUACUGGUUGGAGUAAUGCAUGCAGAUUAUUUCACUCAUUCAUGUGAAAGAUGAAGGGAUUAUGCUAUUUUUCUGUCAAUGAAAGCAAGACUUGUAAAGAUGCAUUUGAGCUGUAAUAAAUCUAUUAGGGGACCAAGUGGGAAAAUCAUUGUGUAUAGUAUCCUGGCUAGAUAAUAUCAUGUAUAAUAUUUCUAUGAGAGAUGUGUUUCUGAAACACUGUUGAAAUAGUAUCUCUUAUGUAUGUUUGUCACUUCACUGGCUGCUAUACAUCUCUAUUCAAAAGAAUGCAGAAAGAAAUGAAAGGAGUUUAGAUCAGGGUUAAGCAAGAAAAUGCUUUUAAUUUGUAAUAUUUUGUUUAUAAUGCAUCUCAAUGUCGAUGUACAGUCAAUGUAAAACUCCAGCUGUGAUGUUCAAAAACUCAAUAAAAUGAAUAUAUGAAAUACA